UCCAGAGUCCUGUGCAUGCCUUACCUCCUCCACUGGGGCUUUCCCUUUGCUUGCAAGUGGUGAAUAGAGGUGGGCAGAUCCCACAUGCUUGGAAAGUCUUCUCAAGCUUGAGCAUCUUUCCUUCUGUGAAAUAGAAAGAGGUGUUGUUCUUUUUCUAGCAUUCAGUGCUGUUGUCUUCUGCAGCCUGUAGGCAUGAAAGACUGAUGAAACAGUACCUGGUGCAAGAUGUUACUCAGCUUCAAAGCUGUACAGAAUGCCAGUGGUGAUGUCCCAGCAGAGAGUCUCCAAGAUAACAGCAGCACAGUGAUGUGAGGGGAAGCUUCCAGUUGUGCUGAUGGAGAGUGUACACUGGCCUGGUACGUGAUACCAGCCACGUCUCAAACACUGCAGGGGGCACACUCAGCUUGUUGUGCAAGAGGUGGUGUGGGGGUGGCUGUUCUUUUCAAGGCAGUGUUCCAAAUCCUGGUUCAUUACAUCCAAAACUUAGUGUAGAGAGGGGUGGGUGGAGGUGGGAGUUGCCCCAGAUAAGGUUGAUCAGUUGCCUCUGGUCAUCUUUGAUCGCAGGUCUGUGAAAUGUCAGCACUUAAAAGUGGUUUCAUUGAAUACUUGUGCAGGAUGAGUACUGCAUCCCAGUCUUAGAAAUAUCACUGGAUUUUGGGACAGCCAUUAGCACUGCCGUGGAAAGGAAACUUCCGCAUCAACUUGCUGACUAUUAGACUUGAUUUUUUUUUUCCCUUCUGCACAACUGUGCAUUCUGGGGGAAAAAAAAAGUUGUUAUGCUUUAAAGUAAAAAGCCAGCAAACCCAGAAAUGUGGAGUCCAGUGGAUGGCUUCCGCGCAACAUUAAUAUCUUUAAUUUCACACCUAGAGUCUUUCCAAGAUUAUAAAUGAACCCUCCUAGACUUUGUGUUCGGUGUAUUUGUUGCUAGACAGAAUCAGGAGUUCUCCAGGAAUGUACUGCUGCCCUGGGGAAUCUUAACAUGCCUUCCCAAGGAAAUUAGCAGGAUCUGUAUCCUGGUGAGUGGAGAGGUUUAUAAAAUGCCCUGUUUUAGCACUGGUGCCGUGCAGUUGUUGGACACAUUCUUUGAUUUCUGGCCUCAGUAAGGUGAACUGGCUCUUCGAGUUCCUUAACUUAUCUGUCCUGCUGUGGUGGAACAGGUGGUGGAACAUGAUCAGCAUUUGAGUGAAUCAGCAGGGUCUUAUGCAAAAGAAGGUUUGAGUUGUCAUCAGUUCCAUGAAUGAGGACUCUGAGGAACUCCUCAUCUGGAGAGAAGCUGGUGAAAGUGGCAGAAUUACAGUUUUAAGAGCUGUCACUCCCUUUAUUCCUGAGAACUGGAAGGAUUUUUCUCUCUGUUCACAAAAAUAUUGUCUCAGGACAAUUGAUUUUUCCUCAAAUGCUUUUUGUCCACUUCCAUAACACUGCUGCUGAAGUCUGGAAAAUUCUGCAGUAUCUUUUUCAGUAGCAUGCUGUAAUACUCAUCAGUACUGUUGAGUGUAGGGUCCCUACAGCCCCAGUUUCUCAAUCUCAGGGGCUUUGUACCAAAACCAGGCCUUGAAGUCAGAUCUGAAGCACUUUUUACAGUGUCUUGCAUCAUUUGUUAUCUGUGAGGAGGAGGUUCAGUAGUAUGGGUAGGACACAGAUAAGUUUGUUGCUAUGGCCAUAAUCCCACCUCUUCCCAGCAAAUUCCCUAAUGCUGAUCCCAGCAGAAAUGCCCAUUGCCUGUGUGCAGUAUAUAUUCUCAUUUCACCUGCUCCCAUGUACCUGCCCCUAUAGACCAAAAAGUCUCUGGUCUGUUUCUGCUUCUCUGGUCCUUGCUGUGGAACAAAAUUCCUCAUAUUUGCUGGAGAGGGAGAUGGCAGAAAUAUUGACAGGGACUAAUUUUUUUCUGUGGUCUUGAAGUGUUAGUUGUCCCUUACCAGGGAGGGCUGCUAGCAGUUAUUAGCCUUCCCCCAGUAGGAUUUGAGCUUUGUACAUUCAUGAAUGUGACUGUGCCCUGUGACUGUAACUGCAGAAUGAAUACUUCUGAUUAUACAUUCUCAUGUGAUCUGGUUCAACAGCGUACAUUGAAAAUGGGAUAGCUUUUGUGUUUUUUGAUUGUACUUUGUCUUCCAGGAAAUUGGCACUGGAGUUAAAAAGUAGAUUUUAUUGCACAUUCAGUUGCUAUUAUGAUUUCCUGAAUGCAGCUUUUGCUUUGAUGGGAAAGAAGCAGAAAUGCCUUAUUUGCAGUACUUACCUGAAUCUGGGAUUGAAUUAUUUUCUACUUCUGUUGCUGGUGUUUACCUUGGCACCUUUUUGGUCAGGCAGAGGAAAGUCACGUCACUGAAUGUAAGAUGCCAUCUGCUCCCAUUUCCCCACUUAGAAGGAUAUUGAGAAAAUAAAAUUUCAAGUUAAACGGGACCUACACUAAGGAAAGUGCUGCAUCCUUUUCUCUGAUCAGUAAAGGUGUUGGGAAAUACUGGGUGUGUCUUUGAUCAGUUUCCCAAGAGCUCAGCCUAGUCAUCUGCACAUGGGUGGGGAGGCAAGAGGUUCCAGCUGCAGCCCAAACCAACUCUCUUUAAGAUGUGGGUGACUGGAGGCUUUGCUUUUCUUUUGGAUGUGAAGACCAUAAACACUACUUUAAGUGCUUUUUACAUUUAUUAAUAAUAUUGCCAGUGCUUUACAUUGCUUUUCCCCCUCUUUUCCCCGCUUGUCUCCUCCAGUUCAGUAAUGGUAGGCUCCGUGUGUUGCAGGUCACAUGGUUCCAUGACACAUGUGUGUGUGUAUAUAUGUGAGAUGCCCGGGGACUCUGCUCAGACUGCACUGAACUUCCCUCUUCAGAGCCACUCAUCAUUUCAGAGAAGUCACCUGCCACCAUGAUGCCUGGGGGCUUAUCUGACACCAAGCCAGCCACUCCAGAAGUUCAGCAGCUUGUUAACCAGGUGAAGCCACAGUUUGAAAGCCAGGCAAACGUGAACUGUGCUGUCUUUACAGCCAUAGCAUAUAAGACUCAAGUGGUUGCUGGGACAAUGUACUUUAUUAAGGUCCAAGUUUCAGAUGCCGAAUAUGUCCACUUAAAGGUGUUCCAGAGUCUUCCUCAUGAGAACCUAGGUCCCAGCCUUGUCAGUUUUCAGACUGGCAAAACCAGAGAUGACCCUCUGACCUAUUUCUAAGACACAGUGUGUUGCAGUGCCUCACCUCUGCAAAUCCUAUGGGGAUUCUGCUUGUGACAGUAAAAUAAAAUAAGUUUGGAAAGCUACUGUCCAUA